CCUCGAAGCCUCUGGGCUGGCUGCUCCGAAAUUUUGAUUGCAUCUGGGAGCGGCUCGCCGCCGCUUUGCGGCGCAGGGGACGCAAAAACCUCCUCGUUGCAACGUAGCCUGUGAAAAGGCCCUUUCGUUUCAUAGAUGAGCCUUCUCUCUCCCCCCCCUUUUCCUCGGAGGCUGGUUCAGUUGCUCAUGACGUGCCUCCCUCGCUGAGCUCCCAGCCUUCCUGCUCGCUCAUUCCUGCCUCCCGCUGCAGCUGCCUUGCAUUAUCAUUUUUCCUCCCCCCCAGUCGCUUUCCCAGCUAGCCUAAUUCAUUUUUCUUGCUUCUCCUGGAGGAAGAAAGCAGCAAAAAAAAAAAAAAGGGUGGGGGAGUGGCUGCUUUUAUCCCACCCCCGAUCUACUUUGUUUCUGCAUUUUUGAAAAAAAACUGAUUGUUGCAAGGAGGCUGGGCGCCUUUGAUUCUCGUCGCCAGAUGAACGUCUCCUUGGACAGUUGGACAUUUUGACUCCGGAUUACUCGGGGGAAAGGAAAGAGAGAGAGAAAGAAAGGGGGGAAAAGUGUCUGAACAGUGCUUGAACGGAGAAAAAAUAGCCCAAGACAGCAGCUGGAGACUGGUUUGUACAGCACAUUUAGCUUCAUCUCGCAGGUGUGAUCAUGUCAGCAAGGGAAAGAAAAAGUACAGCUACAAAAGAACUAAUUUGACAGUCAUCCUGUCAGCCUGACUGAGACUCCCAGAUAAUUAGUAACCAUGACAACAGAGACAGGCCCAGAUUCUGAGGUGAAGAAUGCCCAAGAGGAAACUCUGCAGCAACCACUAGAAGAGGCGGCAAGUGGUCCAAACACAGUGACUGGUGGCUCCACACCCACAGCAAACAACCAGGAAGCUGAGGUGAAUGAGAAACCAGGAGCCCACAGCGACGCUAAAUAUGCGGAGCGGGCUGUGGACAUGGAUGAAAAGGAUUACAGUGAAGCAGAUGGGAUAUCUGAGAAAACCACCCCCAGCAAGACCCAGAAAUCCCCACAAAAAGUCACCAAGAAGCUCAAGAGUGCCGUCUGUAGAGUGACCCUACUUGAUGCCUCAGAGUACGAAUGUGAAGUGGAGAAACACGCCCGGGGUCAGGUGCUCUUUGACAUGGUCUGUGAGCACCUCAACCUCCUGGAGAAGGAUUAUUUUGGACUCACAUUUUGUGACUCAGACAGUCAGAAGAACUGGCUGGAUCCCUCCAAGGAAAUAAAGAAGCAGAUUCGUAGUGGCCCCUGGAACUUUGCCUUCACUGUCAAGUUUUACCCACCAGACCCUGCCCAGCUCACAGAGGACAUCACAAGAUACUACCUGUGUCUGCAGCUCCGAGCGGACAUCAUCAGUGGGCGCCUGCCAUGCUCCUUCGUUACGCAUGCACUGCUAGGCUCCUAUGCUGUUCAAGCUGAACUGGGAGACUAUGACGUUGAGGAACAUGUGGGCAAUUAUGUCGGCGAGCUUCGUUUUGCUCCAAACCAGACUAGAGAGCUGGAAGAGCGUAUCAUGGAGCUGCACAAGACUUACCGGGGCAUGACACCUGGAGAAGCAGAAAUUCACUUCCUGGAGAAUGCCAAGAAGCUUUCUAUGUAUGGAGUUGACCUGCAUCAUGCCAAGGAUUCAGAAGGCAUUGAUAUCAUGCUGGGUGUUUGUGCCAACGGCCUUCUCAUUUAUAGGGACAGGCUGAGAAUAAACCGUUUUGCCUGGCCCAAGAUCCUCAAGAUUUCAUAUAAAAGGAGUAAUUUCUACAUCAAAAUUCGACCUGGUGAGUAUGAGCAGUUUGAGAGUACUAUUGGCUUCAAGCUACCGAACCACCGCUCAGCCAAGAGACUCUGGAAAGUUUGCAUUGAACACCACACAUUCUUCAGGCUAGUGUCCCCGGAGCCUCCUCCAAAGGGCUUCCUAGUCAUGGGCUCUAAGUUCCGCUACAGUGGGCGAACACAGGCUCAAACUCGACAGGCCAGCGCCCUGAUCGAUCGUCCUGCCCCCUACUUCGAGCGCUCCUCCAGCAAACGGUACACCAUGUCUCGCAGCCUCGAUGGAGUGGGACAAAAUAGGGUUCCUCUGUCACUCUCCUGCACAGAAUUCUCCCGCCCAGCUUCAGUCAGUGAGAAUCACGAUGGAGGAGCAGAAUCAGACAAGAGAGAUGAAGAGCGCAGGUAUGGAGGAAGGACGCAGUCCGAGGCUGAGGAUGAAGAGGUGACCACUCCAACAAAAAUCAAGGAGCUAAAGUUUUUAGACAAACCGGAAGAUGUUUUGCUAAAGCACCAGGCCAGCAUCAAUGAGCUGAAGAGAACCCUGAAGGAACCUAACAGCAAACUCGUGCACAGAGACCGGGAUAGGAGGCUGCCUUCCUCACCUGCUUCUUCCUCGCCCAAACAUGAGGAUGAGACACCAAAGGGAACCCCAGAAAAGGCCAAUGAGAUGUCAGAAGAGGAUUCUCCAGAGGAUCUGUCAUCUGAGCAUGGAGCUGCUUUAAUCAUGGAGUCAUUUACACAGAAAAGCCUUGUUUCUUCUCCUGAGGGUUCAGAGCAUUGGGUAUUUAUAGAAAGAGAAACUUCUGAGCUGGAAGAGCUAGCACUAAAACAAAUUAUUGAGACCCAGAAAGAAGAGGCACAUGCAGGUCCUUCAGAGAAGCAACCGGAUUUGGACUUAUCAAAAGUGACUGCUGCAGUAGGGGGACCAAAAGGAGCAGCAAAACAAGCAAGUGAGGAAAGCAAAGCACAAAUUCGCAAAAGAGCCAAAAUGAUAGCCAGUCCAGAAGAUUUUGAUUCAUUAUGGGAGGAUGAUGUGUAUGAGGGAGAUAACAGGAAACACUCUUCUGAGACAGACAGUCAGACAACAGAGGAGAGAGAUGAGCAGAAAGACAAAAUGGGGGCAGUGGUAGUAGCCUCCACCACACCUGAGGAGAGAGAAGGACAGAAAGACAAAAUGGGGGCAGUGACAGUAGCCUCCGCUGGACUUGAGCAGCCAAAUGGCCAUGUCAAAAGACCAACGGAAAAUAGUACCAAACUUGAAGGUUUCCAAGUUGAAGAAGGACAAAAGCAUGCUUCUUCUUGGCUACAAUCUCAAAAAGAAGAAAGCAAAACUAUAAUAAUAGAACACAGGGCUAUUUUGGACAAGGAAGUGUUGAAAACUACCGCAGAUUCCGAGUCUGUUAAAGCUAAGGUGAAACUGAGUGAUAAGAUGGUAUCUUCUGCUGCAGAAAGGAUCAUCUACUUGGGUUCCGAAGAAGCUGACAAAAAAGAUAACAAUAUCAAGGAAAUACCUGAUAGAGAAAAACCCUGCUCAUCUGAAGAGAGGCAGGAAAACCAAACAGAGAUAUCAGAUGAAAAAGAGAAGAGCACUAGUCUUGCAUCAGUUGCAGGUGAGAUCAUGGGAGAUGAGUUCCAAUCCAGGUUGCCUACAUAUGGUGGAGGAAAAACAGAACUCAGUAAAUCAAUCAUAAAAUCAGAUUUGCCAGACAAAGAUAUAGAGGAUGGUAAAAACAUACAUCAUUCAUCAACUCCAGAUAAAAAAACUGUGGAGCCAACUAAUUAUGGAACAAAAGAGUAUAGGGAAUCCAGUGCAUUUCCUUCCAUAGAAGAAUCCAGGCAAAGAGUUUUCCAUUUAUCAAUGCCACAACUAAAAACUGGAUCCCCAACAAAAGAAACAGCAGCUCAGCUCUUCUUUGAGCAAGAACAGAGAGCAGAUGAAAUUCACUGUACUCUCCAAGAAGGUAGAGAAGAAUCUAACAGGAAGGAGACUGCCACUGCCACAGAAAAAGUGGGUUUGAUGUUCAGAGCUUCAGGAACUCAAAGGGAAAUAAAUAAAUUCGAAGAAACGGAAACUGGUCAAAUAUUUCUCCAAAUGGAAGCUAUCGAGAUUACAAAAUCCACCCUGAGUUUCUCACCACCACAGUUUUCUAGUAUGACAGAAAUUUCAGGUGAAGAGCAAUGUAAACCACAGAAUGCAAAAGCAGAAGAAUUAGCCCAGGAUGAAAGCCUUGAUUCAAACAAGCCCCCUCAGGGCAAAUUCUCUGAAGUUCAAGAGCAAGAUCAAAAGAAAUGCACCAAAUCAGAAGGAUCUACCAAGGAUGAAUACCUUGAAUCAGAACUGUCAGCUAAAGAGAAGAACUGUGAAUUAGAAGCUGUAGACAAAGACAGAUCCCUGGAAUGGAAAGAUGCUGCCAAUGCCAACUGUAUUGAAGUGGAACAGAUGACAAAAGAUAAGACCACUCUGCCAAAAGAGUCAGCUAAAAAUAAACCAUCAACUUUGGAUAAUCUCUUAGAGUUGAAAAAGAUAGCUACGGAUGGAUCCUCUGAGACAGAAGAGUUAAACAGAGGUGCAUUGGACGAGUUGGCUAAAAGGAAACUCCAAGAAUUGGAUAAAUGCACAAAAGCAGAAGGGUUAACUAUGGAUAAAAUGAAAGCAUUGAAAGGUCCAGCUUUGGAUGAACACUGUGAAACAGAUGAGUUGGCCAAAGAUAAUCUCCAAAAAACAGAGGAUAUAACUCUAGACGUGGAAGGGCUGGCCCAGGACAAAUUCUCCAUCUUGAAACAUCCAUCCAGGGAUGACAUUUUAUCCCAGCCUGACUCUUCUGAUUCUAAAUCUCCAGAAUCAGGAAGAACAUCCCAGGAUAAAUCUCUUUUGAAAGAAGAAACUGAGGCAACACGUGCUAUCUCUCAUAAGACUGGGCCACCAGAAAGGAACAAAGAAUGUGCUCAUCCUGAUCAUGCCUCAGCACAGGGCAGGGAAGAAUCACACACUGAUAGCAAGGAAAAGAAACCAGAUCUGGUGCCAGUGAAGUACAUAGUAUGUGGCAUAGAUACUAUUGCCCCACCUAAAAAACAUAAGAACCAUGGGGGCACAUUUGAUCAGAGAAAUGAGACAAACCAGGAAAUCUCUGUAGCUUCUAAAAUCAGGAUGUUUGAACAAGGAGAAAUGUACAGUCCACUUUUUGAUGAGCAACAUGCAGCCCCAAAAAGUUUCUACGAGGGUUGUCCUGGUAGUGAGACACCAAAGGACCCACCAAGGAUGCAGAUAGAGCUACAAACCGGUAUACCUUUACAGGGCAACUGUGCAAAAAUUAAAGUGACCUCGGGCACUUUGGAUGACAAAGUAAAUGAUCCUGGAGAAGCAUUGGAUGUGACCUACCUAGCCGUUACACAAGGAGCAAGUGAGGGAGAACCAUCCCAGCCUUCAUCUUGGAAGGAAGAGAUUUCUGUUGGAUCAGAGCAAGAAGCAGAAGGGGAUGUUGAACUGGGUUCUCCUGAUUCUGGCUGUGAAAUCACUUUGGCAGAAGCUGUGAGCAAAUUUCAAGAACCAGCUUGGGAAGAAAAGGAUUUGUCAGGCCCAUCAGUAAAAGCCUCCCCGAAAGAAGAGAGUUUAAAUGCUGCUGCUCCAGUGGCCCCUCAGAGAGCGGGAUUGAGGGAGGGCACAGAGGAGAAAUCUAAGCCACCUCGGCACAGGGCCCCUGAAAGUGACACCGGGGAUGAGGAGCAAGACCAGGAGAGAGACUCAGUAUUCCUAAAGGACAACCACUUGGCCAUCGAGCGCAAAUGCUCAAGUAUCACAGUCAGCUCAACUUCCAGCCUUGAGGCUGAGGUGGACUUCACAGUAAUUGGUGACUACCACAGCGCCGCCUUUGAAGAUUUCUCCCGGAAUUUACCUGAACUUGACAAGGAAAAGAGUGAGGGAGAAGCAGAGGGUGUGAUUUCUUCUGAGGAAUCUGACAAACCAGCUGUCAGGCCGGAAGAUUCUGCCAAGGAUGGGGAUAAGGGUCCCCACGUAGCCCCAGAAGAGUCCUCCAUGAAAACAGAAACUGUGAAAAAAGCAGAAUCAGAAGCUUCUGUGCAACACAGAAUCACUGCAACAGAAAUUACACAGGUUGAUGGCACCAGCACAGAUGGAAAAGAGACCAUAACCACUUCCCACAUUUUCAGCACAGAAACCAUAUCAACAACCUCAGAUCACAGCACCAAGCCUGGGAAGGCAGCAACAGAACUUCGCUCCAUCUCUCCAAUCACCAGCAGUGCUGUUGGGAAAGAAGCCUUCACCAGUCUUUUUGGUGCCACCGCAGAAACUCUUUCCACCUCCACAACCACUCAUGUUACCAAGACUGUGAAAGGAGGAUUUUCUGAAACUCGAAUAGAAAAGCGAAUCAUCAUAACAGGAGAUGAAGAUGUGGACCAAGACCAGGCUUUGGCUUUGGCAAUCAAGGAGGCAAAACUGCAGCACCCAGAUAUGCUGGUAACCAAAGCCGUAGUAUAUAGAGAAACAGAACCAUCUCCAGAGGAAAGGGACAAGAAGCCUCAGGAAUCUUGACCUUCGUGUUUCUAGAAGCUGGCAUCUCUAUUUUAACUUUGGAGUAAAGAAGGGGCCUUUAUGCUGGAUUCCUCAAUGAGACAUAGAACGUCCUGACUGCAAGAAUAAUGUUGAGAGACAAAAAAAAUAAAAAAGGAAUAGCAAAUAUAUUAUAUAUUAUAUAUACAGGAAACAAAAUGCAUCCUUGCACUGCUGCUAUAUGCUGGAGAUGAAUUACAGACAGCAACAUCAGCAACAAACAAAACCAACCACCUCUUCAAAUAAAUUGAAGAAUUGACUGGACUGAUCUAAAAGGAAAAAAAAUCAAGAUGGUAAUAAUAUUAUUAACAGUACAAUAAACCGCCAUUCUGCAUGUUACAUUUAAAGGAUACAUAACUCAUUUGUUGCACACUGAAUGGAAAAGCGAGAAUGCUUUGCAACAAAGCAAGAAUCAACAAGCAAAACAAGCAGAAAUACAAAAUGAUUCCCUGCAUAGGAAUGAAUCAAAAACCAUUCACUUGUAUAAUUCUUGUUUGAUUAUUUUCUGAUUUGGGAUGUGUGGUGAUCACCCUUUCUCCACUUUCAUGCUGCUUCUGUUGCUUCAUCUUUUUGGUUUUGUUAUAUUCCCCAACCUGCCCUUCCUUUUUCAACCUUUCUUCCCCUCAUCCAGUUCUUUGUUCUGUGGAAGAUCAUUAAGACUGGAUUUCACUUAAAACAAAACAAAAUGUGUAUAUGAUUUCUCAUUGAUCAAAAUGCAACCUGUAGAGGUUUCAUAUGGAUGUGCUUUUAAGUUAUGUAUAUUCUAUAUAACUAGGGAGGGUGGGGAAUGAUAUUAAAACAAAUUAAACAGUGCUGAUAAGUAUGACAAUGACAUUUUUACAUUAUAAUUAUUUGAUUGACUGUGGUUGAUGUAUUAUGAGACUCUUAGAUCAUGCCAAUAUCCCAUGAAAACAGAGUACCAGGGUGGGGGGAAUCACCAAUUCUCUCUGCUGGCCAUUAUUUGUCUAUCACUCUCACCUGCUCUGUGCUCUUGCAAAAGGGAUUGACAUAGUGACAAAGUAGUGUUUGUAAUUGGUUGGUUGGUGAUAAGGCACCAUUCAGCAACACGGAGAGGGAGUCAGGGGAAGACAGAAGGGAUCAGUGUUACUGCAGCCCAGUUAGAGUCACUUAAAUGUGCCAGUGUCUCUCUCCUCCCCUAGGCCUAAGAAACCGAGAUCACCUUGGAUACAAGUUGCUUCAUUCACAGCUUUUCAGUAUCUAGUAGUGUUUGAUCUCUCAGACCCAAGUGUUUAGCUGCAGCAAAGCUAUUAUACCCUGUGUGCCAGUUCUUCAAAACUGCAAAGUUUGAUUCCAAACCUAGUGGUUCCUCUAAACCUACUGGCUACAAUACUCCCAUUUUUAGCACAAUAUCUGCAAUGGGUCUUGAUAGCCCUCCAAGGGAAAUGUGCAGGCUGAAUAAGGACACCCACCCAUCCCCGUCCCACUCACUGUAUGCUACAUAACUGCAUUUGACCAGGGUGAUUCUGCAGAGAGUAUCCAGCAGGUGGGGAACCAGUGCAAAACAACAUUCGUUCCUUCCAAGUCCUGUCAACUGUCUGAAAGUGCAUCCACUCAGUUACAGAAAGGACUGACCAAUGAACACCGUAAGGGGCAGACACUGCUCAUGGAUGAGGAAGGCAUGAAACCUAAUGCUCUGCUACAAAUGGAACCUGGAACUUAGAUGUUUUCCUUUACUGCUUUCCACAAAUGGCUUUCAUCCACUGUUUUAGAGUAGAUGCAGAAUGUAAGGGGGACAAAUCAAAAUGAACUAGUUUCCAAACAAAAUAGUGGGGUGGUUCCAGAUGUUAGAGAAGGGCCAACAAAUACUGCACCAUGCUUGCCUUUUCAUCUUCCCUCCUUGGCAUGCAUUUGAUAGCUGGAGAAGAAGAAUGUUUAACUGGUGCCUGUGAUUGGGACCUAGAGAUCUUAGGGCAAAGGGGCCUCCUUGAAUAAAGCCAACUGGGAUAAAAUGGGUGUAUCCUAUACAGUAAACUGUGUGCUACAGUAGAAAAUUAUCUACUGCCCACAGUUCUCUAAAACUGGAUCUGCUUCUGGCAUGCAGGCAUGUCCUAAGGAAGCAUUGAGAGCAUAAAUGGACAUUUCUACUUCUCUAGUAUCCAAAUGUAUGCUUGUCUCCCUGAGUUUAUCCAAGGAUUAUUAUUAAAUUUUUUUCACCUCCUGCUGCUUGUAAGGAUCAUGUAAUACCCCAGAACCAAUAAGUAAAGAAAUGACAUACAUACACAUGAAAUACAUAGAACUGCACAUUGUUCUUAAAAGAACACACACACACACACACACACAAACCUGGUGCCCUCAAUUAAAAAUUUACCAAGACCCAGGUGGAUCUUUGCAAGAUCAUUAUAGGGAAGGAAAAAACAAAGUUCCCUCCCAAACUGAAUUUUGAUUCUGACUUUCAGAAAAGGAAAGAACAAAAUAACAGCUCAAAAGUCAUUGUUGAGCAGCAACUCAUGAUCCCACUUACCCUGGAAUACAUUGGGAUGAGUGAGUCUGCCACUAAAAUGACAUCAAAACCAAUGUGCACAACAUCAGAAUCCAACCCUGGGCAAUCAGAGGAAAGCUAAAACUUGUACCUUUGGAUUCCUCCCACAGGUUGUGCAAUGGGUAGCCAUUAACAAAAAUUAGGGGUGUUUUUGUUCGCCUAGCAAGGUGUGGCUUAUAUAUAGAUAUCUAUAUAAAUAUAUACAUAUAUAUAUAUAUAUAAUAUUUAUUAUCCGUGGUAGUGUUGAAGCCAUGCAUAAUUUUUAAGGUCAUGGCUUCCUCUUACCUUAAUCAUCCUUAUUGCUGCCAUCUGAUAGAGCUGAUCACUCUUUUUUCUUUUCUUAGGACUUUUCCCAUUGAUGGGGGUGGGAGACUACUGCUUGUUUGCACCUAGUCCCGUCAAUUGGUUCCAAAACUGCCCUGCAAUCGCAUCUAAUAUUACUAAUUCUUUUUUUUUUAAUUUGAGAAGCACCUUACCAACCAAAUGCAAUGCUCUGUCAUUCCUUCCUCUGGCCAUCCCGCACCCCGUCCCUAUAUUUGUCCCCCACCCCUUUCAGUCAUACCCUCUUUCAGUGCUUGGUGAUGUAUGCGUGUGUGCUCACUGUUCUUGUAUUCAAUAAAAGUGAAAUAAAUGUGUUUGAUGCUCAA